AUGGGCGCAACAACACUCACAGCAUUUGGCAUCGUCGCCUUGGGAAAUUUCCCGGGCAAUGGCAACGGCAACGGCAACGGAAACGGGUUUGGGAAUGGCAACGGCGGCAAUGGUUUCGGAGGAAACUUUAACAACUUUGUCGGCUUCAACAUUCAGGAGGCGAUGCACACACGGAGAAUCCACGGCAUAUUAGGGACAAUCGCCUUCGUCAUUGUGUUUCCCAUCGGUUCAAUCGCCAUGAGAAUCAUUCCCGGACGCUUCAGCUGGCUUAUCCACGGCCUCAUCCAGAUGGCCGGCUUCGUUCUUUAUAUCGCUGCUGCCGCCCUGGGUAUCAAGUUGACACAGCAAGUCACAUUUGGUGGAACCAGUCUGUAUGAGAUCAGCACCAUCAACUUCCACCCAAUUAUCGGCCUCGUCCUUCUAGCCAUCUUCUUCUUCCAACCCAUUUUCGGCUACAUCCAUCAUGUUCAGUUCAAGAGGUACGGCGUCCGUCAAAUCUGGUCACACAUUCACCUGGUCAUCGGCCGCCUCCUCAUUCCGCUCGGUAUUAUCAACGGCGGACUUGGCCUAUACAUCUCCAACUCUCCCAAAGAGUUCAAGAUUGCCUACGCUAUCCUCGCGGCCGUAUUUGGCAUUGCAUGGAUCUUCGUCUCGGUCAUCAGCGAGAGCCGCCGCAGCCGCCAACCGGCCGUGGUGGUUGUCGAAGAACACAAGCUCAGGAAACGGUCCCGUGGUCGCAACAGCGGAAGUCGGGGCUCGUCGGACUCGGACCCAAAGAUUUGA